CCCGCACUUCCUCGGGCUGCGCUGCGCCCGCUGGCAGGGCCGCGGCUGGCGGUCGGGCUGUCAUGGCGGCGCGGCGGGGCGCUGCGCUCUGAGGCGCGGGGAGGUCGCCGGCAGGCCGCUGGGUGCUGUUGUCGUCGUCGUCGCUGUCGUCGUCGUUGUCCCUGUCGUCCCCAACCCAUGUCCCAGGCGCGAGGAGGCGGCGGGCGGCGGUGGUGCCGCCAGUGAGGGGGCAGAGCGGCGGCGGAGCGGGGCCCGAUGGAUCUGAAGACGGCCGUGUUCAACGCGGCCCGCGAUGGCAAGCUGCGGCUGCUCUCCAAGCUGCUGGCCAGCAAGACGCGGGAGGAGGUGGCGGUGCUGGUGUCGGAGAAGACCAACGGGGCCACGCCGCUGCUGAUGGCGGCCCGCUACGGUCACCUUGAGAUGGUGGAGUACCUGCUGGAGCACUGCGCCGCCUCCAUCGAGGUCGGCGGCUCGGUCAACUUCGAUGGCGAGACCAUCGAGGGGGCCCCGCCGCUCUGGGCGGCCUCGGCUGCCGGCCACCUGAAGGUGGUCCAGUGCCUGCUGGACCACGGCGCCUCGGUCAACAACACCACCCUGACCAACUCGACCCCGCUGCGGGCCGCCUGCUUCGACGGGCACCUGGAGAUCGUGAAGUACCUGGUGGAGCACAAGGCGGACCUGGAGGUGUCGAACCGCCACGGGCACACCUGCCUGAUGAUCUCCUGCUACAAAGGCCACAAGGAGAUCGCCCAGUAUCUGCUCGAGAAGGGAGCUGAUGUCAACAGGAAAAGCGUUAAGGGAAACACCGCAUUACACGAUUGUGCAGAAUCUGGAAGUUUGGAGAUCAUGAAGAUGCUUCUCAAGUAUUGUGCUAAAAUGGAAAAGGAUGGUUAUGGAAUGACUCCCCUGCUGUCAGCUAGUGUGACAGGCCACACAAAUAUCGUGGACUUUCUGACCCAGCACGUACAGACCAGUAAGGCUGAAUGCAUAAACGCCCUGGAACUUCUAGGAGCAACGUUUGUGGACAAAAAGAGAGAUCUGCUUGGUGCUUUGAAAUACUGGAAGCGAGCUAUGGAGAUGAGAUACAGUGACAGGACUAAUAUCCUGAGCAAACCUGUGCCACAAACACUAAUUAUGGCCUAUGAUUAUGCUAAAGAGGUAAACAGCUCAGAAGAGCUAGAAAAUCUUAUUGCAGAUCCUGACGAAAUGAGAAUGCAGGCACUAUUGAUUAGAGAACGUAUUCUUGGCCCUUCUCACCCAGAUACAUCCUACUACAUUAGAUAUAGAGGUGCUGUCUAUGCAGACUCUGGAAACUUUAAGCGUUGCAUCAACUUAUGGAAAUACGCUUUGGACAUGCAGCAGAACAACUUAGAUCCGCUGAGCCCUAUGACGGCCAGCAGUUUGCUGUCAUUUGCUGAGCUUUUCUCCUUCAUGCUGCAGGAUAGGGCGAAAGGCCUACUGGGCACUACUGUUACCUUUGAUGAUCUGAUGGGCAUACUGUGCAAAAGUGUCCUAGAAAUAGAGCGGGCCAUGAAACAAACCCAGUGUCCUCCUGAUCCAAUACAGUUGAACAAAGCCCUAUCCAUUAUUUUGCAUUUAAUCUGCUUGUUGGAGAAAGUACCUUGCAGCUCAGAACAGGAGUAUUUUAAGAAACAGACUAUUUACAGGUUUCUUAAGCUUCAGCCUAGAGGGAAAAAUAACUUCAGUCCGCUUCACCUUGCUGUUGACAAUAAUACUACAUGUGUGGGUCGCUACCCAGUUUGUAAAUUCCCUUCUCUACAAGUUACUGCUAUCCUGGUGGAAUGUGGUGCUGAUGUAAAUGUCAGAGACUCUGAUAACAACAGUCCGUUACACAUUGCUGCACUGAACAACCAUCCAGACAUCAUGAAUCUUCUCAUCAAGUCAGGUUCGCACUUCGAUGCCACAAACUCACAUAAACAAACUGCUAGCGAUUUGCUGGAUGAGAAGGAAAUAGCAAAGAAUUUAAUCCAGCCCAUAAAUCAUACUACGUUGCAGUGCCUGGCUGCUCGUGUUAUAGCGAAUCAUAACAUAUACUACACAGGCCACAUCCCUGAAAAACUAGAGGACUUUGUUUUGCUCCACAGAUGAUAGCGCGGAGCCCCAGAGUACUGUUUUUGAAGCACGAUUUGGUGACUGUGUUUUCCUUGAGCACUGUUGUGGUACACCAGCGUUCCCUUAGCUUGCUCCAUCUUGCUUUCAUUGGCUAAAGUGUUGUUAGCAUCAGAUCUGCAGAGUUGGUUACCCAGUAUUUAAUAUAUGCCAUAUAAUAUAUUUUGUGGGUUAAUUAGAAAUGUAAUGCCAUAUUUAGACUCUUAAAAUUGUCUGCCAAAGGCUUGUCUAUUCUGGUCUUAUUUGCCUGUUGGGUGUUUGGGACUGAGUUGAGUAUUUUCCACUGAUGUCUUUAUACUAUAACUGUUAAUGUGGAUUUUAUACAGUUGGAAGGUCAUCUUUUUUUGGUUUUGCUUGAGCGUUUCUACUCUACUCUAUUCUUUUUCUAUGGACUCAUUGCUAAACUGUUGAAGUUGGAUGGACUUGUUAACAUUUGCAACUACCAUAAGUGCUUUUAUCUUCUCUAUGCACUGGCUUAAUCAUGACUGUUGUGUGUGAGCAUAUUUCUAUGCAGCAGUUGGCCAAUUUUGACCUAAAUGUCAGUUUUGUUUUGCAGUUUGUUUGGACCUCUUUUUGAGAAUGCUGUCUUCAUAGCAUGACAAAUUUUGGAGCUACUUAACAGUUCUCCAAACUUGGGUUUGACUUUUUUGAGUGCUGUUACUGAGGUUGCUUUCCUCUCGAUCCUCUGGAAUUUGUACUAAAUUUGGGAGAAGAAAAUCCCAUUUUCUCAUGGUAACCCACUUGAAUUUUAAAUCUGAAAAUUGUUCUGUUGCAUCGUGCAGUUAGGGGAAGGGUCCUCGCUGUGUACAACUGACGCCUUCCCCUUUGCACUACUGUCUUGCUUGUGCUGGUUAUGUGACUAGAUGUGAAGUUUGCUCAAAGUUAAACCUCAAACUUAAUGAUACACUUUAAUGAGAAGUAGAUCAAAUGUAUGCUGUAGUUUAAAUUUACAAAUCAACUUUAGCUACAAAAGAAACUAAAGCAUGUUGGUGGCAUGAUGCUUUUCAGUCCAGAUCUAGACAUCAUCUAAUAUAAUUAUAACAUAGUAAGUGGCUGUAUGCCAGGGUAUUGGAAGUUCUAUAGAAGUGUCCCUUUUUCUUCAUUUUUAAAUAUCUUUAUAAAUAUUUGCAUGAAUUUUACAUCUCUACUGUGUCAGCUGUACUUAAAGAAAAGCUGAAGUUCUGUUGUGUAUAUAGCUCCUGAUUAAAGUACCUAUUUUUAUAAUAUUUGCACAACAGCUUAGCUUUUACAACAGAAAGGGCUCUUUUGACUUGAUAAGAAAUCUAUAACUGAAGAUCAUAAACGUGAGUGCAAUUCAGGUAAUUCAUACAAUUCAGCACUUUACUGUUGAUUAAUAGCAGAAUAUAUAAUGGCACAUUAGCCCUGCAAAUGUCUUAAAUUCAGUUCUGUUGAGUAGAAUACAGUUUACUUGCGAGGUUAGUGGCCUAGCAUAUUGGAUAUUGUUGACUUGAGGUGUCAUCUCAGUGGUAGGUCGUAAGCAUACCUAUGGGUUUCUUGCUCCAGAAAUUCAGCAAGUUGAUUUAGGCUUUUGUCAGUUUUAUAUAGAUAUUUAAAAGCCAAAUUAAUUAGAUAAAGGUGAAGCUGUUAUAGGAGGGCCAUUUUCAAUUUUUACUUCUGAUUUGAUGUUGGAACAUUUUUGUCUUUUGUGAAUUAGGUUGAGGAGGAGUAUAUCUUGAGUGCAUCUGAGAAUAGUUCUUCCUUGUUUUUUGGCUAUUUCAGGGUUCCUAUUAGUGCUCCUGUUAGUUUAGCCAUUCUUGAGGAACAUGCUAGGAUGGUUUUAAACAAAGCUAUGUUGAAAGUGCUGUUGAUGUAUUGCCACUUUUAGACUCCGUAUCUUGAAGCAUCUUUCACCUGUGUGUCCCAUGCCAUGUGUACAUCCUAUGAAAUUCUGAGAAUGAGGAAAUCCUGUUCCUCUUGCAAAUACGCAGCAGUAAGUUUCUAUUCAAUUGGCUGGAUCUUUCUGAUUCCGUACAAUUAAAACACAUGCCACUCAAGUUGUCACUUGUGAGAACAGUAGUUUGACUUUUGUAUUCCUUAUUUUCUGAUUUCCUAUGCUUAUAUUACUUUGUAAGCAGUGGUAGUUAAGAAAUCACGCCACAGUAGAAGUGGUCCACAUCAAAGCAGUUCUCAAAAAUACUUCUCUUUCUAUAGGUCAGAGAAAAAGGAAUUCUUAGAUCUUCAGUUUUAUACUCUGGAAUCUGUCUGCUCCUUAAUGGUUUUAGUUUAAAUUUCUGUCUUUGUAACAGUCUAAUAUCCUGUUUAAAAUUAGUUACUUGGAUGUUGAGUCCAGAAAUAUAACCUAAAAAUUAAUUGUUAGCAAAUCUUUGAAUGGAAGACAUUUCCAGGAGAAAGCAUAUCACUAUUGAAAAAUACAUAAAUCUAGUGAGAAAUGUUAAGUCUUACAGGGAGGGCCUAUUCUGUUAACUGUUUGCUUUUCUUCUUUCUAAGAACUAACACAUAAUAGAAGUACUGAUUUAUUGUACGUAGUACUGUCUAAGUAUCUACCAGCAUGCAUCAAUCUUGUGGUGUAUCACAUCCAUUUAGAAGUUAAUUUUUCACAGUCUUGAGGCUGUUUGCUGAACUCUUAAGUUGCGGUUUUGUCAGAUGUGCAGACUUAGGUCUCCAGGUGGAUGAGUUCAUGCAUUUAAUUCCAUUUCCAUAGCCUGGUGUGCUUAUGUUACUCUUUAACUUCUUACUUUAUUUUAAAAGAGAUCAGUACAGAGCCUGUGUUGGUAAUAUGCAGGGGAUUAGUUCAGGAUUUGCUGAUUAGGAAGGUGGGUCAGGACAGCAGCCCCUGUCUGAGAUGCCCGUGCCACUGUGGCCAGUGCUAAUGGAUAGUAACAGAUUUGCCCCCACGGCCCUUGUUUCAGCCCAGUGUUGUCUCCACUGCAGUAGUAGAUAACAAUGUCAUGGACCAGGUAUUUUGUUUUUUACUUUUAGUCUUGUUACUUGUUCAGAGGUGGCCGUUAAAAUGUUUUCAGUGAAACAUGCUGAUGUUAAAUACAGUAGUACUGCUAGCUGAACUCACUGUGGUCAGGACAAGGAACUAAAAAGCACUCGGAACACAAAUAAUCUUUGUCACUUUUAACUUUCUUUUCUUUGUAUUUGGGCUUUUCUGUGAUGAAAGCACUGUUUCUGAGCUACCAAUGCAUGAACACAUUGAGAACACUGUGGAAAAAAAUGUGUGGCCUGCAGAGGUGAAACAGGUUUUAAAAUUGAUUAAACAGUUUACAAGUGUGGUUCCCUAAAUACAAUGAUACCUCCUUGCUUGUUGAGACCUCUUAAGGUGCAUUUGGGGAUUGGAAGGAGGGUAUGGGGAUAAAAAUACUCAUUUUUUUUGUCCAAUCAUCUUGGACUUCAACUGAAAUACUUCAGCCAGGUAGAUGAAGAAUACUCUAAUAAAAAAUAAAUGCUGUUCCUACCAAAUCCUAAAGUUCUCUUCCUGUUUUUUUUUUUUAUCACUUACUCUGGUAACAAGGUUCGAGUUGCCUCUUGUAUCUGUUCUGUUUGUUAAGUGUGGUGUAAUGGCACUUUCUGAAUUGCAAGGCAACAGCGUGGUUCCUUUUCCAUAUAUACUUCACAGCAGUCCCUGGUUAUGAAGUAAUUUUGUACAUUUCUGUAGUUCUCAAAAAGUUCUCUUUUAACAAAUGUUUUGCAACUGGUUAAAAUUAAACUCUUUCCAUUUUUACAAGACACUAAAAAAAAAAAGCCACAGAAAUCACUAAAAAAAAAAAAAAAAAAGAAUGCCAUAGCAAAAUCCUUACAAAUUUUUUUAAAAAGGAUAAGAACCUUUUUAGGAAAAACGUGCCUCUCCUCAGUUUUAUAUCAACUGCAAGGUGAUAGUGGCAAGAUAUGUUGAAAGAGCUUCCACACGCUUUGAAAUACACCAAGUGAAAUGCAUGCUAUGCUUUAAAAUGUUCACAAAUAUGACUACAUAAAAUUAACACUAAUUUCAAUCUUUUUUGACUGCAAUAAAGUCGAGUGGUAUUUAAUGUUUCAAAGUAAUUUUGAGGAAAUUAAUGGGAGACCUAUUAGACUGUCCUUAACUGUUGGGUUUGGGCAUGAAUGUAGUUGUUGAACCCUCAGUGAGGGCAGAAUGAAAAGUUACUGUUCGUUUGGUUUUAACUAAUUUUGUGUUUCAUUCUACCACAAAUUUCCUGUGCAGGGCUAGCUCCAUGUAUGGAAAUAUUGCAGUUAAUUUUUCACGUGAAGUAAUUUAGCUUUAACAGUAAUGUUAAAAAGGAAUAACAAACACAUUUCUCUGCUCAUACUCCGUUUAGGCUCCAAAUGCAGAUUAUAUUAAAAUGUUUUGGAGAACA